AUGAUUGACACGACAGCCUUGGAAGCCGUUAUCCAGCAAGUCCUCCCCUCAAUCAAGUCACAUAGAGCGGAGUUGGCGACCCCCUUUAUUCUUGGCCUUUCGGGCCUGCAGGGAAGUGGAAAGUCAACAUGGGCUGAGGCUCUUACCAACACACUCAACGCCAAGUAUGGCAUCAACACAAGAACGCUUUCACUAGACGACCUGUACCACGACCAUGACCAGCUGGUAUCAUUGAGAGAUUCUAAUCCCGGAAAUGGCCUUCUCCGGACUCGCGGACAACCCGGGACACAUGAUGAAGAUCUAGCGCGACGCUUCUUCGACGAUGUGUCAAAGCCACAGUCAAAUCAGACAGACUCAGAGCCCGUCAAGUGGCCGUCAUUCGACAAAAGUCUCUUCAGCGGUGAGGGAGGCAGAGCCCCAGAGUCACAGUGGGACACCGUGCCGAGGAACCCACCUCUGGAGGUUCUCAUCUUCGAGGGUUGGUGCCUUGGUUUCCAGCCACUGUCACCCGAGGAAGUUGAGGAGAAGUGGAAAAGAGCCAAGGAAUCAUCAACAGCAAACUCCGAGGACAUUCAGCUAUCCACAACGACACUAGCCAGCCAUAGCCUCGAGCAUCUUCAGCUCAUCAACCGGAACCUGGAAAGGUACUGCGAGAGCUUCAUGGGCCCCUGGCGCUUCGACGCAUUCCUUCACCUCAGCACAGACCAGUUAGUCAACGUCUACCACUGGCGUCUGGACCAGGAGAGGGCGUUGCGGGAGAAGAAAGGUGCGGGCAUGACAGAUGCGGAGGUUGUUCGUUUUGUUCAGGGGUACAUGCCCGCGUAUGAGCUGUAUCUAGAGAGGUUGACCAACGAGUCGUUCUUCCCACAGCAGGAUGCCAGAAGAAAGGCUCAUGUUCGCGUUAUAUUAGACUCUAAUCGAAAAGUCCUAGGCGUCUCCAAGGCGUAG